AUGGAGCAGACACGCGCCCUCAACGCUCUCGAGCCCUUCCUGGCCCUCUCCAAGUCGGCCAAUUCGCCCCGCGCCGCCGCCGACCUCGUCACCCAAGCUACCUCUGCACCCAACACCUAUGUCUUCGCCGAGCUGCUGCAAGCUACCACCAUCCAGGCUCUGCGGGACUCGCCAGAGCACGCCCGCUACCUGCGCCUUCUCGAGAUCUUCGCCUGGGGCACCUGGCAGGACUACACCGCCGCCAAGGACAACCUCCCAACGCUAUCCGAAGCCCAAACGCAGAAGCUGAAGCUCCUCUCACUCCUGCCACUCGCUGCCCAGCCGACGACCCAGCUGACCUACGACCACCUUCGCGCCACUCUCGAUGUCGCAACGACGCGCGCCCUUGAGGACUUGUUAAUCCAGGCCAUCUAUUCGCACCUCAUUACCGGCUCGCUUGACCCGGCCGCCGCUCGCGUCACCGUGACCUCCGUCGCCCCGCUUCGCGACCUGUCCCCCGGCAGCGUCCCCUCCCUCGUCGCCGAGCUGGCCGCCUGGCAAACCCGUUGCGACGACACCCUCGCCGAUCUCGACGCCGAGAUUGCCGGCGUCCGGAGGCGUGCCGCUGAGCGUGAAGCCAGACGCCGCAAGGAGGAACUACUACGCCAACGCGUCGAGGCCGGCUACGAGGAGAAGGCCAACGCUAAGAGGAGCCAUCCUUCCGCCAAUGGCAACCAGCCCGCUGAGGGCGGCGACGGCGAUGCGAUGGAGGUGGAUGAGGGCAUCGGAGAGGGAGACGACGGUGGCUCGAGCGGCGGUAAGGCCUCGAGAGGUGCCAAGAGGACAGCCUUCUCCGGCCGCUCAAGAUAA